AGGGCUGUCGCGGUUGAGGAAUUCCCCCUGCGGUGAUUCAGGGUGGCUUAAUAUUGCGGUGUGCGAUAUUAUUGCAGCACUUUUUUUUAUUGCAGUACUAUCUAAACAUAAUGUUUACACAUUUAAAAAAGGAUAAAAAUUGCCGUGCCUUCUUUUACAACACUUUACUGAAUGCAGAUCAAAGGGCAGUAACAACACAGAUCGCAGUAACGUUUGUUUCUCCGACAGUCGGAGUCCGACUGAACUUAAAAACAACAAAAUUCAGGAGAAGGUUAAACUUUUAAAUGCAAAUUUGGCUGCAGCGUCUAACAAAUAAGAAACAAGUCCCCGUUUUGUUUAGUUGUUUAAAAUCAAGCAUAAAAAAUUACAUGUACCGGGCGCGCGCGCGCCGGGGGGCGGACGCACUAUCAUUUCACUUUCACACACACGAAUGACGGUGAUUUAUAGCUCGGUCACGUCCUUGUUACCCACAAGGAAAACCUGCAUGUUAACCAGAUACGGUUUGAGAGAGGAUCUGAGAGGGGUGGCAACAUUUCCAGCAACACUGAAAACCCUCUUGGAUGGUGCGCUCGUUGCACUAACGCACACGUACCUGCGUGCGACUCUGGCGAGCAAAGGGAAUCUUUCCCGGUUGUUGCUCCACCAUGUCAGGGGGGUUCUUUAGGGUGGAUGCAUUCCUCCUGCAGGUAGCGAGUGAGCUCCAGCUCGGCUCAAACUCUCUUCGGGACGGUUGCAGAAGCAGUGCUUGUCCGGGACUUCAGCAGGUCUCCGAGCGUUUAUUAUUAUUUUUUUGCCGCUGGUGGCAGCUCUGUCUCGGCCAAGGACUCUGGCUGCGCAGCAGCUGACAUACUGAAAACCAAAGUGCUCCCAUAGGAGCGAAGUAACGUUUCGUUUUGAUACCAGUGCAGCCAUCCUUCUCAACAUGCAUCAUUGAGUUGAACCAAGUUCAGUAAUCGCGGUGGCCCAUGAUGCAGCGCGGUGGGUUUCUUCAUAUUGCAUAUUUCAUUUUUGCGGUUACCGCAACAGCCCUAUUGGUGAGUUCAGUAACUGUAUUUUAUUUGAUAAAAGAAAUGUUUUGUUGUAUUAUAUUGCUAAUUUCAUGUAAAUGGAAAGCCAAGGUAGCAGAUUUAUGUUGUUUAAUGUUUAAAUGGUUGAUUUCAACAUUGAAUUUGUGCUUACUCGACACACAGGCGGUAGUUCAUAGGCCUUUAACGUUUUUUUCAGUGCGCCAUGUUGGCGCCACCUCCUUGAGGACUAAAUGAGCUAAAAAAACAGACUUUUACUGAUACCUAAGGGCUAUCUGUGUGUUAUUUUUAAAUGUUUAUGCAUAUUCUAUCGUUAUGAUAGGCCAUUAAGGUUUGAACCGGGAAAUGCUGAGCUAGAACCAGAGUUGGAUUUCCUAAGCGGGAAACAAGAUGGUGAGCCACCCGCGGGACCCCCCCCCCCUUUUUUUUCCCUCCCCUAUAGAGCUCCGGGAGUUGACGUCACUUCUCCCGGCAUGAAACAGUUCAAAUUGAAACGGCGCCAUAUUGGCAGGCAGAAGCCGGCAGCUGGACUAUUUGUUAUUGUCAGAAAACUCAAUCAAACGGGAAAUAUGGUAGAUUCCUGUUGUGCCCCAGGAUGCAGAACAGACGCGGACGACAUAAGGAAUGAGCCAUCUACAGGAUUUCCCAAGAUCCGGAGCGCCGCAAACGUUGGAUCAUUGUAAUAAAACGCACUAGUGACCGGGCGAAAAUGAAGCUGUGGGAUCCCGAGAGUAAAGGUUUUCGCUUAUGCAGCGACCACUUCAUAUCAGAUGACAUCCCUGCAGAUCUGCGUGACCCCUUCUAUACAGACCAGUACGAGCAGGAACACAUCAAGCCCCCCAUCAUCCACCUGCUGCUGUCCGGAGAGCUCUACUGCCAUGUAUGUGGGCUCAUCCUUCAUGCUGAGCAGGCAGCCUCCCUCCAAAGCCACCAGUCUGUCAUCCAAGCCCUGUCCAGAAAAGGCAUCCAUGUUCUGGAGACCGAUAACAUGCCUGUGUCUGUUCUGGAUCUCAGCUCAUCUCCCAUCAAAAUGAGCUCUCACAUCCAGCUCAUUGAUGCUCUGAUGGUGGCCUACGCUGCAGAGAUGAUCAGCAUUGAGAUGGUGGUGUCUAGCGUGAAGCGCUUUUCAAAUAUCAGCGCCUCCAAGGAGCUUCCUUACACCCUGGAAGAAGCAAUGGUUUUUUGGAUCAACAAGGUUAACAUGAAGAUGAGGGAGCUCACAGAAAAAGAGAGUAAAAUGAAGCAACAUCUGUUGGAGUCACCCAGCCAUCACAAGAAGCUGUCGGAGCGGACUUCUUACCGGCACAACACCGGACCUGGCCGGGGAAACCCCUUGGGAUUCCCCCGGCCGGAGGGGCUGGGGAGAAGGUCUGGGACUCUUGACUCUACUGCCCGCUCCGACGCCAGAAGCUGUCGGAGCGGACUUCUUACCGGCACAACACCGGAUCUGACCGGGGAACCCCUUGGGAUUUACCCGGAGGAGCUGGCUCCGGCGGCUGGGGAGAGGGAAGUCACGCUACUGCCCCCGCAACCCGACUCCGGAUACGCGGAUGAAAAUGGAUGGAUGGACGGACAAAUAACAGAUUUACACGUGCGCUACCGCAGGGAUCACCUAGCAGGUCGCACUCUGCAGCAUUUCCCCCUUUUGGAAGACCUGCUGAAGGAUGUGUGUGAUGGUGCAGCUUUGCUCGCUCUGAUCCACUUUUACUGCCCGGACCUUAUUAGACUAGAAGAUAUUUGCCUGAAGGAGGUCCUCUCUAUAGCAGAAAGCAUUUACAACAUCCAACUGCUGAUGGAGUUUUCUAAUGAAUAUCUAAACAGAUGUUUCCAUCUGAAGCCUGAAGACUUGCUGUACUCUCCACCUGUUCUGAAGAAUAAUGUGAUGGUCUUCAUUGCUGAGCUUUUCUGGUGGUUUGAGAACAUGAAACCAGACUUUGUACAGCCCAGAGAUCUUCAGGAAGUCAAAGAUGUGAGGCUCAUGCUGCAGCCCAAAACCUCUCGAUCAUACUCGCCCGUUUCCAGCGUCACCAAAAGAGGUUUCUUUUCUUCGUCUAACUCGGCUGACAUCUUGACCACAACCACAAGCCCUCACCUCAGCACUAAACCAUCCUCUUUCACCUCAUCUAACUCUUUACUGCCCCUGAGACACAGACAACAGAAGCUGGCUGAGGAUGCUACUUCAGAGGUGAGAAACAGGCCAAGCUCCGUAGCACGAUCACAAGGAAAACAUCAGGACUCCAUACUGGCAUGGCCAGAGAGGAGGGCAAGACCCUUGUCCCAGCCCGUGCCCUACACUCUGCACUUUGCAAAGGAGGAUGAAGUUGACAGUAUCAGCCUGGCUCGGUCCAUUAGCAAAGACAGCUUAGCUUCUAACAUCCUGAGCAUUACUCCCAAACACAUGCUGGGGUCAGCACUGCCUCAGCACAGACUGAGUGGCCAAAGCCUCCUCAGUCACAUGCACAUAGAGGAUGAAGAGGAGGAAAUAGAGGAGGAGGAACUCGUUUCUGUUUUCCACCCCUCUGCAUUUUCUAGACAUAGAAUUGGCAGCGACAUGGAGCAGGAUGAGCUGGAAAUACAGAGUGCAACAUCACCCUCCAGGGGUUUUAGUACUUCUCGUAUUCAUGAAAGAAGCCCCUUUGCUUUGGACCACCAUGCAGACAGCUAUUAUCUGGAGCCUUUGAUGCCUGCUGUCCAAAAACGAGCCAAAGAGAAGAGCAUCACUGUGAACAAGCAGGAGGAAAGUGGUGAGGGUCACUUUAGAGGAGCAGCAGCUGCUAAGAAAGUUAUCGCAUGCAACAUACAGAGGAAACCCCUUGUGGCUGAGUCAAACCGAAGUGUGUCCACACCCAAACCCGUAAUAGAAUCAGUGCUUAGCUCUCAGUCUCCAGGCUUUUUCCUUCAUUCAUCAGGUGAACAAGAACACUGCAAUGCAUUCUUCACUGGGCUGGAACCGGAACACGACUCUGACUCGGACAUCGCAGACCUCGAGGAAGAGGAGGAGGAGGAUGAUCAGACAGAUUUGACUAAAGAGGUGGUCAGGACAGGAAGAGGGCAUUGUUUACAGGGGGAAUACAUGCCUGAAUUUGGAGACGGAGAAGGCGAGUCAGCCAAACUUAGAGAGGACUCGAAGGUGACUGAGAGGGAGGAUAAGGAAGAUGCCAGUGGGCGCUCAAGCCCAUGCCCAAGCACUGUAUCGUGGGCGAGCAGCUGUAGCGCCUCGGGUAGUAUCGGGGUCAAAAUGACCAGCUUUGCAGAGAGAAAGCUUCUUAAACUUGGUCUCCGGGAGGGAUACUCGAGUACCAGCAGCUCCCAAAAGACCACGCCAGAUGGCUCGGAGACUGCCCCUCAAUGGUUAGGAAAAGAAUCUACUAGCGUGGUUUUGGAGAAGAAUAUUAUGGUUAGUCCUUCAGUUGUGCCUUCAGAGCUGCUUCAACUUCACAUGCAGCUGGAAGAGCAGAGGCGUGCAAUAGAGUACCAGAAGAAGAAGAUGGAGGCCCUGUCAGCCAGGCAGAGACUGAAGCUGGGGAAAGCUGCAUUCUUGAACAUUGUUAAGAAGGGCGAUGGGAAGAGUGACACGCUUCCUUUACCCCUGAAGCAUUCCCAGGAGUCCUCUGGACUGUCAGCUGCCAACAGGAGGAAAAUUAAGAUCCAUUCCUGCAAGGACGAUUCUUGUCUCGAUGCUCUUAAAGGUCGAACAGAGGGACGACUGGUCAGCAGAGACAACAAGGGGAGCACCUUGUCCCAGGAUAAUAGCUCAGAACCUGACGUAAACGAGUGUUCUCGUUCUAUCGAUCUGCUCAAUCAAGCUAUUAGUUCUAUUCAGCAACAGAUGAUGCAGCUCUCCUUCCAGCAAGACCUGUUGAUGAAGCAGAAUGUGGUCUCACCCCCUGAGCCUGAACAGUCAGGCCAAAGCACAGCCCCUGACACCGCACAAACAACAACAUCCUCUACCUCAGAUUCCAGGUCAUUUGCAGUUCACUUUGUUGAUAUCAGCGGCAGCAGUUCUCUGCCUGUUCGGCGUCCUCCCAAGCUCAGCUCCAGCCAACGCAGCAAAGCAGCAGAACGGAAAAAGAGCAAAACGGCUUCAAUCCAGUCCACCAUCUCCUUCUCAGACUGCAUGCCUUCGUCAACUGAAUGUACCGACGGAGAACAGGACACAGGGAGUCCUGCUGAGAGCUCCAAAAGUGAGAGAAGCAUCCAUAGGAAUGCCACCUUCAGAGUCCAUGAAGGCAGCAGAGAGGGAGGUGAUCUUUGCUCAGGCAAGCCAAAGUCACAGGAUCCACCGGUGAUCUCCAAAAUAUCUGAAUAUUCAUCGCAGGAUGUAGAAGAAGAGCAAAUAAACGUGGUUGACUCAAGCAGAGAGCUAGUCAGUGGGGAUGAGAGUACCCGGCUCAAGGGUCAGCUGAUUGAGGUUGACUUGUCAGAGCUAAAAGGUUCAGUAGAUGAUGGCAGCACAGACGUUAGAGACAGCACAGCAGAUGUCGAGCAGAAGAAUGUGUUGGGUUUCUUCUUCAAGGAUGAUGAGAAGGCAGAGGACGAAAUGGCAAAACGCCGUGCCGCCUUCCUCCUCAAACAGCAGCGCAAAGCUGAAGAGGCGAGACUUCGCAAACAGCAGCAGGAAGUAGAGAGCGAGCUCAAGCGUGACGAGGCUCGACGAAAAGCAGAGGAGGAGCGAGUUCGUAAGGAGGAAGAGAAGGCACGCCGAGAGCUAAUUAAACAAGAAUACCUGCAGAGGAAGCAGCAAGCCCUCAUGGAGGAACAGGGUCUCAUCAAACCUCGCACAAGGACUAGACCCCGCAGGAACAGACCCAAGUCACUGCACCGGGAAGACUCCAGCAGCCUCCCCAAAGGAUCCACCACACGCGAUUCUUUGAAGGUGUCCUUGUUAAUCAAAGCCCAGAGUUCAGCAGCAGGCUGCAGGGGAGCUGAUAUGAGUUUCAGUCAUCGAGGAUCAACGCUCUCUUUGGUGACUGACGCAGACAGCGUCAUAUCUGGUGGGGCGGAGUCAAACAGGGCUGCAUCUGUGUGCUCUAUGGACUCAUUUCCUGUGCUGAGCAGAACGUCCAGCAGGAACAUGGAGCGGGACUGGGAGAACGGCUCAAUAGCCUCGUCCAUCACGUCAACUGAGUAUAAUGGUCCUAAACUCUUCAAGGAGCCGAGCUCUAAAUCCAACAAGCCAAUAAUCAUUAACGCCAUCGCCCACUGCUGCCUUGCUGGAAAAGUCAAUGAAGUCCAGAAGAAUGUUGUCCUUGAGGAGUUGGAAAAGUGUGAAUCCAACCACCUGAUCAUCCUCUUCCGAGACGGUGGCUGCCAAUUCCGCGCCAUUUACUCUUACUCACCGGACACCGAGGAGAUCGUCAAGUUCACAGGCACAGGCCCACGCACCAUCGGUCGGAAGAUGAUUGACAAGCUUUACAAGUACAACUCAGACCGCAAGCAGUUCACAGUCAUUCCCGCUAAGAGUGUCUCCGUUAGCGUGGACGCUCUGACCAUCCACAAUCACCUGUGGCAGGUCAGGAGACCGGGGAGUGCCCGGAGGAAGUGAGCAACAUGUGACAAGUGUACCAGUUUGUGUUAUUUAAGCUACUGUUGGGCAGGACCCGAAAAUCUUAGAGAAGACCGAUCUUUUAUUAGAAUGGGGGUUUAAUUGUCUGUGGCUGUGUGAAUAUUUGGUAUAAAACACCUACAGACAGUCAUUACAUUCUGUCACAAUUUAAUUCUGCACGUCAGACUUCAGUACUUUCAUUCGUAGGUGUUUCCUACAUCAGUUAAACACUUCUGAUAAUCAUUUUUGUUUUGUUUUGUAGCAUCAAAGAGAAGCUAAACCCUGGA